GAACGGGAACGGGCCGUGCUCGGCAGCAGCACCGGGAACGGGAACGGGAACGGGCCGUGCUCGGCAGCAGCACCGGGAACCGGCAGCGAGCGGGCCCCGCCGCUCUGCCCGCCCGGGGAUGAGCCCGUGCCAGUGGGAUGGACGGGAGCACCUUGCCAGCUGUGGCAGAAGAGCUCUUGAGAGAGAUCAAAAAGGCUUUUCAGGAGACCUCACAGGUCCCUGAUGAGCUGCUGCUGGGGCUGAAGUUCAUUUUUGGCCCAGCUGCAGUCCCAGCUCUGGAUUUGGUGGAUCAGCGUUCUGUCACCCGGCUCAGGUCCCCCAGUGGAAGGAUUCUCUACCAGGUCCUUGGGAGCUCAGGCAAACUCUACACCUGCUACAGCUCCUGCCACUUCUGCACCUGCCCUGCCUUUGAGUUUUCUGUGCUGCAGAAGAGCGAGAGCCUUCUGUGCAAACACAUCCUGGCUGUCUACCUCAGCCAGGCCCUGGGAGCCUGCCAGGAGCUGGCUGUGUCUGAGGAGCAGCUCACAAACAUCCUCCUGGCUGAGGAAGAGGAUGAAGGAUGAAGGAUUCGGAUCACUCCUGGCAUUUUAAAUAUCUACAAGGCUGUCAAAUGUUCAUUGAGGCUGGUAGAUUUCUUCCUGUGCUGCAGCCAACUGUGACAUUAAUUAGCAGCCUGGCACUGAUAAAUUAAUUAAUUAGG